GUGGGACUUAAAAACAGAUUGGCCAACUGCCACUAUGAGCCCACCAACCCACAAGUCCCAACCCAUUUGCUUUAACUCCCCCAUCUCUCUUAGCUUCCCUUAUUAACAGGCCUGGAGCUAGAGAAGUGAGAGAAACAAGAGAGUGAACUCCAAGCUCCAAGUUUCUCUCUUUUCUCCCUCUCCUCUGUUUUUUUAAUACUUUACAACUAGCUCUUCAACCACUCAAGCUGAGGGAGACAUGGAAGUGGCCAUGGAAUUGGAGGAUGAUGUGUUCUUUGCCGACUUGAGCAAGCAAAUAUCACUCCUUAUCAUGGACGAUGACGAAGAGGAUCCACCUGCAACUUGUCCACCUGUUUCUUUCCAGGCUUUCUCUCAAACCUACUAUCCCAGUGUGUUCUCUCCUUUGUUGUAUGAACCAAGUUGUGGAAGGGAAAGCAAGGGAACUGGAGUUUUCAUUCCCAAGUCAUCUUUGCCCAGAAGGAAGAACAGACAGGGAAGAUAUACUUCAUUUAACUCCAAAUCCUGCAAACAGUACUCUUAUAAAUCAAAAGGAGCUCCUCAUGUAGCCUCUAGGAAUGACCCAUCUAGUAAUUCUUUUAACUCCAAGAAGAACUGAAGAGAAGAGACUCCAAGGAGCUGUAUACUUAAAUAAAUUCCACUAAUUGCAGUUUAUGUUCUAAUAGGCUAAGAUCUUGCUCUCCAUGGUGUUUCUGUACAUUAAAAUAGAUUAGUUCUCUAUGGAUUUGGGUAGGGAGUACGUUUUUUAUAUUAUUUUUCUUUUUUUAUUUGGGGAGGUCACCUAAGGUUUUCCACCUCUUCUCUUAUGAAAUAUGUAUGGUUGUUCUUUAGACUGAUAAAAGAUUCGCUUCUCUUCA